AUGGAACACGGCUUCAUCAAAGAUGAGAAUAACAAGGCAAAAGAACCAAAACAGGUGCAAGAGCCGUCCUUGAAGUUGCCUAUCGCUGCGAACAGGCUGUGCAAAUAUUGCGAGAACCCCCGUAUCGACUUUGAAGUGCAACAAACUUUUGGUGUGAGCGUAUGCAAUGAUUGCAAGUACGAUAAAUUGCAUCUCAUCAACAAAACAGCCGUACUAAGAGAGUAUUUGCUGACGAGCGAUGAUUUGAAGAACAGCAGGUACUUAACACGGCCCAAUCCAAAGAAGGGUACGUGGAGUGACAUGCAAUUGUUCCUGCUCGAGGAGAUUGAAGAGCUAGCAAUAAAGAAAUGGGGCAGCAUAGAGAACGCAGAAACAGAGAAAGAAAGAAGAAAAGAGCUUUUGUUGGAUAAAAAAAAGAAAAAAAUUAGGGAGAGGGUGAAGGAGCUGAGAAAACGUACGUUAAUAGAAGAUAGAAUGAAAAUCAGGACACAUAAGCAUACAUUCAUAUUGGCGAAUGGAAUCUGCAAGUGUGAGUGCGGUAUGAUUAUUGAUCAGGAGGAGAUUUGAACUUGUGGGCUGUAUUGUUGCCAGGCGUGUAUGAUUUAUGUGUAAUGCUUAAGACCAGUGCAAACAUUUAACAAACUAUAUAUGCGGUUCUGGAUUGCAUAAACCUGGGAAUGAAACACCAAAAUUUGGUAUAUCAGGAGUUGUAGCAGUAAAAGCGUUAUUUGCCAUUUCCUGGCAAAAAUUAAUUUUCUGCUUAUUCCUAGACCCGUUGAUAUGUAGCGCUGGACUUGAGCGGUACAUAUUGUAUUCUGGUUUCAAGCCGUAUUUUAGAAAUUUUACAUGCAAUCUAUCAUGUGGCCGAUCAAUGUUCUUGAAUGCGCUGACCUCAUCAGUGGAUAGCCAAUACAUUGUGUUGUAAAUAUGCUUUUCUUAAGACAGUUUUUAAUGGAUGGCUUGUUGGCUCUAGUCAAUGUUUUUUUGUGCGCUAUCCAAAACUUCCGAUUCUAUCGAGCAUCAGAUGUAGCUCUGGUACCCUGUAAUUUUGUCGCAUUCCUCUCGUUAUGGCUGUUUCUGUAGCUUGGUGCUAUUAACUAAGUGUUUGUUAAACGCAGAUUGUGAUGUUAUGUUCAGGUCUUGCAUAAGAAAUAGCUUGGUUCUGUCCUUCUACUGCAUCAACAAAUAUGUUCUGGAAUAUAAAAUAAAUGGGCACUGCGAGUUGGCGAGCAUAAAGAGAUAUGUAGGUAUUAAAUUUACGAUGAUUGAUAGGAAAACAAGUGUUGUUCUAUGAACCAAAAGAUAGCGGCAGCGGUUGGUCUCAGCGGACCAAAAAUGUGAGGAAAUAAAUGGAUGCGU